AAAAAUACAUAAUUUAAAAAUUAAGUAUUAAGAUUUGAUGGUUAAAAAUUGCCACAUCGUACCCCUCCUUCUCUAUCUUCCACCACUAUAAACCUCCACUGAGUGACUCCCAAAGUGUAGCCCACCAAGAAAACCAUCACCACCAACAAUAACAAAAAAACCACAAACAUAUGAUUCAGAGGGGUUUGGUGUGCCGCAGAUCUAGGCUUAUGGAUCUGGGUUUGGUGCAGUGUGGUGUUUUGCUAUGGGUUUGGUGCUCGUUCUCUUUCUCCCACCAUGACGUUGAAGGAAUCGAAGUGCGUCGGUGUCGCCGUGAAGUUACUCUUUCUUGGCGUUGGGAAGAGUUUUCGACACGGCGGUGGCGCAUGAACAAGAAUGCACUCGCAAUGAUUUUUUUUGCGCAUUUUGUGGUGGUAUUUUGACGCGGCGGACUCAAGUUGGAAGAUGAAGAAGAAGCGUGGGUGGAUUUGCUCCCAGUCGUUCUUUUGGUUCCAUGCCAGUUGCUGCUUUCACUUGUCUCCAAUUGGUUUAGCAUUUUCUACGACAGAGGAGGAAUUAGCCAAAGCUUUUUCUCAAUAUGGCAGUGUUCUGAACGCUAAUAUAAUACUGAAUAAAACCAAGAAUAUAUCCAAAGGUUUUGGAUAUGCCACUUCUGCUAAAGAGGAAGAAGCAUGCAAGGCACAGAUUGAUAUUACAUGGACGAGUUAUAUAUGUAGACGUGUAAUUGCCGAACAAGUGAUGGUUGAGGCUCAAUGAAGAUUUGCACAAGUAUUAAACAACCAUAAUAGCCUUGAUAUAAGGAGGAAUGGAGCCGCAUCUACUCCAAGCGCUUCUUGAUAAUAAUGUUCAUUUUGUUUUCAGUGUAAGUUUUAUUUUGUGAUCCACUAAUGAAUAUUAUGUUCACGUUAACUAAACGGUCACACCAAUCAACGUACUUGUUGCAAAAACAAUCUAGUUAUUAUCUAUAUCUCUUCGGGAUUCAUACUUGUUUUUGCUUUUGAAUGUAUAGAUGGUGAUGAACUUGAUUUAACUAAAAAA